GUAAGCGAUCUGAUGAAAUAUGAUGUCACCAAUCAAAAUAGUUUAAAAUCUACGGAACCGUGGAAACAAACAGAAAGAAAAUAUUCAAAACCAUUUGAUAAAGAAGAACGUUUUGGACUAACAUCAAAAGAUAAAACAGAAGAUGGAAGUAAUGGCAAAAACGGAACGAAAAUUGGAAUUGCAACUAAAGAGAAUAUGAAAGAAGCUACAAUUUGUGACAUGUCUUUGAGCUCCUGGCGAAAUCUAAACAAACAUAAACUCGGAACUACAUGCGAUCCAAUUCAAGGAACAAAACACCUUUCUGUUGACCAUACUUAUGGCAUCAAAUCUAUUAGUGACAACAUUAAAGUUUCUCAAAUAAUCCAUGAUAAUAAAUUUGACGAUAAUGAAAAUUUAAGUUUGAAUGUUGAGAGUUUAGUCGCGGAUUUGAGGAAAAAACUGAAAGUGAGUGGCUUUCGAAAUUUUAGAGAAUUUGAAUAUCUUUUGAGAACUUCAGUUUAUUUUAUUUUUGCUAAUUUUAUAAGAGUUCUGAAGAUUUUAACUAUAUUAAAUAUAAACAAAAUUUUACAACUUCUCGACUAUCGUAACGGAUUUCAUGAUAACAAUUUGAAUGUUGAAAUUCAGCCUAAUAGAGAUAUAAGCGAUGGUAAAAAGAAAAAUUGGUCUUCAACGACUUCCUAUUCCCAAUAUACCAAAGCUUCUCAAUAUGGACAGUUGAGUAAAGAGAGGAUUCUUAAUUAUACAACGAAAACGGUUGUUCCAGACAAAAGAAAUUAUGAUCGAGUUAAAAAUUUGAAAUUAAAGUAUGAUUUAAGCUCUUGA